GAUUCAAGCGCCGCAGGGCCAGGUCACACUUUGUUCCGAAAAUUUUCCGGAGAGUAGUUUGCUGCGUCUCUGGCCACUGCCUCUUGGUGCUUCGUUCCACGACGACUUGACGAGUGACGAAAAAGAUGAAGAGAUUCUUAGUACUGCUACUUCUCGUUGCCUAUACCGCAGCAGGACCUACCAAAGUUCCCGUGCAGUCAUCUCAGGAUUUGAAUUGUUUGGAGCGCGAUGAUGACUUCUUCAGCUGCAUGUUCGUCAAGACCGUCACUGCUAUCAACAGAGCGGCCCGAUCGAGUGACAUCGAGAUUGUCAGUGGCAUCACUUUCGUACGAGACACCCCGAUGGAGCGCAGUAGCAAGAGUUUAACGAUAAACGAAGUGGAGAUCAUGAAUGAGCUACCACGCGACAAUUCUGACAAAAUAACGAAACUUUCCAACAUGCUGUAUGAUUCGGCCAUCUCUUUUAUGAAGAGUCACAGUUUGAAACUCAGCUUGCCCGAAGGUUCGGUCGAGCGUGCCCUGAGCGAAGGACGUGCGAAGAUCAAGAAAAUGAUUUUUCCGCUGAUUGCCGCAGCGGGUCUCAAGAUUUUCGCAUUGGUACCGAUCUUGCUCGGCGGCUUAGGUCUACUGGCUUUGAAAGCUUAUGUCCUUGGUAAAAUUGCUCUGUUCGCUGCCGGUGUCGUGGCAUUCAAUAAACUUUUUGGCGGUAGCAAUGUGGCUGGUGGUUUUUUCAAUAAGAAUCCUGCGCCUGUCUGGUAUGACAACGGUGCUGCUGGAAAUUGGGUCGCUGGUGGAUCCCCAGUAUUACAACACCAAGGAUACAGAAGUUUCGAAAAGAUUGAUGAGAAAGUCGACGCCCACAAUUUGGCAUAUUCCGCGCACGCACCGGACGUCAGUGGUAUCAAUUGAGCGAAACUUCUUACUCUUUUCGUGUUAUUCGGCAUGGAAAGACUUAGAAAUACACAAAAGCCAUAUCCCGCGGAGUAAAAAAUCUCCUCGAAGCCAUUGGACCCACCUACGACUCCUAGAUUAUAGUAUUUAUGUACAUGUACUUUGUAUUUAAUUUAUCAACUAAAUAAAUGAUUGAUCAAUAAAUUAUAUAUAUUAAAAAAUUA